CGCGAUGUGACCUUUACUGCGUUAUAUUUCGCUGAGAGUUAGUAACAUUGGGUAUUGAUCAGGUUGUAUUCAUCUCUCGGCUCGACAGUCACGACCUUUGCUGCAGUGUACAACGCUGACGUCAUUAUUCAGACACAGAUGUUGCCAUCUUGAAUAUUAAAUCGUAUCGAUCUUCAAACACAUCCGUAACCCAUGGCAACGAAAGAAGAACUGGUGAAAGUCAUUGUAAGAUGCCGCCCAAUGAGCGAGUCGGAACACACCCGAGGAUGUCAGCCAGUGCUCUCCAUUGAUGGCAAAGGGGGAUCCUGCACUGUAACAAAGCAGGACUCGGACAGAUUGGGCAGGAAGCAGUUUACCUUUGACCGGGCAUACUCUGGCGACACUACAACUCAACACAUUUAUAGCGACAUCGUGUGUCCUAUUGUGAAGAGUGUAACGGAAGGGUAUAAUGGCACCAUAGUUGCAUAUGGACAGACCGCUUCUGGAAAGACGUUUACCAUGCAAGGAGUAUCAGAACCCUCAACCCAACUUGGGAUCAUACCAAGGGCCGUGGACGACAUCUUCAAGAACGUGUCCUCCAACAAGAGUCAGCAGUGGGUUGUACACUGUUCGUGUUAUGAAAUCUACAACGAAGAAAUCAGAGAUUUAUUAGGGAAAAGCCUGACAGAGAAAUUGGAUAUUGGAUCAUUUCCUAAUAAAGGCUUCUAUGUAAAAGGACUCUCGAAACACCCAGUCAACACAGUGGUUCAGUGUGAGCGGCUCAUGAACAAAGGCUUGAGAGGCGUUCUACAGGUGCCACUGAAAUGAACAGCGAUUCCUCCCGCAGCCACACCGUCUUCGCCAUCAGCAUUGAGACGCACUGGACCAGAGGACAAACGGACAUAUCAGAGCGGGCAAACUCAACCUUGUGGAUCUGGCAGGAGUGAAAGACAAAAGCAAGACUGGAGCCGCCGGCGUGAGGUUCAAGGAAGGAUCAAGAUCAACAACUCUUCACUGUCUCGGAAGAGUCAUCUCAACAUUAGCAGAGGGCAAGAACCAACUUAUACCCUUUACAGAGACUCCAAGUUGACAAAGCUGCUUCAGGACUCCCUGGGUGGGAAUGCCCGUGCACACUGAUGGUGGCCUGUGUCUCCUCCCCGGCCGACUACAACUAUGACGAGACACUAAGCACUCUCAGGUUUGCCGGCUAGCAGUGCAAAAGACCAUCAAGAACAAGCCGGUGAUCAAUGAAGACCCGAAGGAUGCCCUGCUGAGAGAGUUUCAGAGGGAGAUACAGGACCUUAGGGCUCGACUUGGGCAGAGACUGGGGACAAGAGUCGAAUACCUGAUGCCGACCUGCAAAAGGCUUUGCUCUGCCAGAAGGAAAAUGAAAACAGGCAGCGUACUUUCAAGCAGAGAAAGCAGCGAUGCAGAGGGAAUAUGAAGAAAAAGAUGGCCAAGAUGACGAAGGAGCUUGAAGAAGCCAGGCGGACGCAGGCGAGGCUUGAGGCGGAUAUGAGAAGGAUGAAAGAGUGUCCAAUGAUCACCAUAGAAAAUGAAGUAACCCCUGAUGACGAAACAAUCCGAGAAUUGCGCAUCGUUCUCAUUGGUAAGACAGGAUCUGGUAAAAGUGCAACCGGGAAUACUUUGAUUGAUCCAGAAUAUUUGAUUCCCGUGCAAGCGGAAUAUCCAUCACAAAAAGAGUCCAACUAUGCUUCUGCAGAAUUCAAAAACAGGUCGAUUCUUAUUGUGGACACCCCCGGAAUGUUUGAUACACUGGAAUCAAAUGAUGAAAGGAAACGUGAGAUUAUGAAAUGUGUAGCACUUACGUCCCCUGGAUUACAUGCUGUGAUAUUUGUGACCCAGAUUGGAAUAUUUACCGAAGAAGAACAGAGGACAGUGGAGUACUACAAGGAAUACUUUGGAGAGAACGUAGUCCACUACAUGAUAAUAGUUUUCACAAGAAAGGACAACCUUGUACACGAUGGCAUAACCAUUGACGACCACUUAAGAAGAAGUUCUCAAGUGUUACAACAACUGGUCAGGGAUUGUCAGGAUAGAUACAUCGUUGUUAACAAUCGUAAUGAAGAAGAAAAGGAUGUGUUUCGAAAGAAUCUCACUGACCUCAUUGACAAGACGGUUGCCCAUAAUGGUGGGGGUUGUUACACAAAUGCGAUGUAUGAAGCAGCAGAGCUUGCAAUGAAAGUGAAAGAAGAGGAGUUAAUGGACUAUGUUCAGAUGGAACAACAAGCUGAACUUGAUGCAAUGGAAAAGGCACGGAGUGAGUUGCUGAUGACAAAAAUGGAAGAAACAGAACGAAAGGCUGAAGAACAGAGACUUAAAUAUGAAAAGGAAAAGGCAGAAAUAAUGCUAGAGACAGACGAGAUGCUGCGUGAAUUGAAAGAGAGGGAAGAAAUGAAAGAAAGGGCUUGGAAAGCGAAACACGAAAGUCUAAUGAUGGUGGCCAAAGAAGAAGCUGAAAACAGAAACAGAAAGAAUUGGAACUAAGGGAGAAACUAGACAAGGAAGCAGCUGAGAAGCAAAAACAAGUUGAACAGGAACUAAGGACACUAAAAGAAAAUGAAGAGAGUGUUAGAUGUCAAAGGGAACGUGAUAUAAAGGUAGCGCAGGUGGCUAAUGCCGAACGUACUGAAGUUGAGAGAAGGAAAAUAGAAGAACUUAAUCAGAGGAAAGAAGGAGAAAUGAGACUCUUGAAAGAGAAAUAUGAAUUAGAAAUGGACAUGCUCGAGAAGGAUGAUGCUCAGUUGAUGAUCACUCUUCAGACGAUUUAUGAAGAGGAUUAUAAUGAACAUGUGAGAAAGGUGGCACGAGAGGCACGAAUGAGGGCGAGGAGGGAGGCAAGAACAAAAAGGUCAUUCCUUCAAAAAGGUUAUCGAUAAAAUAGGAGAAGUAAUUGUUUCGGUCUCCCUAUGUCUGUGCCAACGGUCCCAAAAAAGAAACUGACAUUGAAACCUACGUGUUUGUGUGAGGGAUUCUUUAUGUACAGAGCACGUCCUGACAUCCGAAUUACAGAGAAACCUAGAUUUCUUGAAGACAUCAUGUGCAGCUUGUAUUUAACUCAUGUUAUCUGUGUCCUCAUCACAUGUAUGUUGUUUUUACAUCCAUAAUAUUUAGUUAAUUAUAACAUGUUCAUAAUUUACAAUACAGGAUUAUGGAAGUUGCUUCCUUUGUGGAUUGAUUUAUUUAUUUGAUGUAAAGUGUGAAUAUAAGAUCCACUUAACAAAGAGGUUUUUAGGAAUUAUGGAUUGUCUGUUCCGAGUAAUCUUGAAUGUUUGUAAGUCACGACAGGGAUAAUCUAUUUGUUUUCCUCGUUGUGACACACAGUUACUCGAGGUCGCUAUAAUGUUAAUGCGAUCUUUUUCCUUAGAAGACUUGUCAAAGACAUUUUUUUUAAACAAAGUUUUUUGACACUCACAACCACUCAUGACAUUGGAGAUAUUUUGUGCAACAGAUUGUACCAGUGCUUUCUUUAUUGAUCAAAUAUGUGGUGCAGGGUUAUGAACAAGACUGAUUAAAAUAAGUUACGGUAUGCAUGUAGACUCAACAAAUUUCAACGUUUGUUUUACCGUCAUGUGUUGUGUGUGGUGAUCAUAGAACAAAACUAUUAUCAAAACCUCAACAAAUCACAAUGAACGUGCAAAUCAUGUCUGUGGCAUGCGCAUCUGUAUGAUCCUGGAUAGACAAACUGAAACAAUGAACAAAAUGCCAAACUUCAAAUGAUGCUUUGUGUUUUCUGGAUUAUCAAAUCAAUGGGUAUCAAAAUAUAAAGCACAAGGAAAGACAAAUUAAAGAUGAGUAUUGGUCCACUGGAAGCAUGCGUUUCUGUUUGGGCAGUCUCUGUAGGUUUCAAUAUCACAAGGGCAAUCACUGGCUACCUUGCUAUCCGCCUUAACAACAUCGAAACGACAGUGACCAUCCUCGGACAACCAGUCCAAGGGGUAGCAGCUGUACAGAAUCGGUAUAUUUAAACAAGUAACCGAUUCCAACUUGUGUCAGAUAUUAGCUAGGCAUAAGGAUGUCUCUGCCCAGGCCGUACGUAAUCAUUUGCGUUUUCAGACAAACAGAGAGGACAUACAUACUGACUUGCGUCAUUGGCGAACAAAUGCCACAUCUGUCAAGUGGGGAUAUCGGCUUCCUGAUGAUCCAUGCUUAGAUUCAUGUAAUUUGAUGAACACUUACGUCUCACAGAUGAACACUUACCGUUUUGUUGCAAUAUUGUGUUUUCGCAACGGCUGUAUAUUUUUAUUUUGACUUAUCUAAUGCAAUAAAUGACGGUUGAUUUUUC